UCUUUCACCCACCAAAAAGCUACACAGGGAAGCAUGGGGUGUACUAAGUUUGAGGAAAACUGGAAUCUGAAUUCAGACCCUAUGCAUCAGAGAAUCCAUCCUGUUAAAAAUCCUCUCUGCUAUGACACACAAGGAAAAGGCAUCAGACAUCAUUCAGAUUUGAUUUGUUAUCAUGGAGUGUAUGUAAGAGUGAAACCCUAUGAUUAUAAUGAGUGUUGGAAAAUCUUCAGUCAGAAUGCUGUCCUUACUAAUUGUACUCUUCUUCCAUAGAAUCUCGGUGAAUGUGGAGAGACAUUCAACCAACAUUCAACUGCUAACCAACCUCAAAUAGUCCUCACAGUGGAAAAACCCUACGUGUGUGAUGAGUGUGGGAGAAGAUUCCGCCACAGAAUGCACCUUAUUGAACAUCACAGAAUUCAUACAGGGGAAAAGCCUUUCAUGUGUAACGAAUGUGGGAAAGCCUUCAGGCAACAUUCAUCCUUUAAGCAGCACCUGAGAAGCCACACAGGAGAGAAGCCCUACAAGUGUAAUGAGUGUGGUAGAGCUUUUAACCGAAUCACAUCCCUGACCGAGCAUCAUAGACUUCACACUGGGGAGAGACCCUAUCAGUGUAGUUUUUGUGGGAAAGCCUUCAGCCAAAGAUCACAUCUUAAUCGGCACAAAAGGACACAUACAGGAGAGAAGCCCUAUGAGUGUGAUGACUGUGGGAAAGCCUUCAGCUUGAGUGCAUACCUUAAACAACAUGGGAAAAUCCACAGCCGUGAGAAAUUGGAAAUAUGUUGGCUCGUGCUCUGAUUCCAGGGUAAAACCUCAAUCUAGGAAGGAGAGAUGACACACCUGCAAUUCCAGUGCUCCAGGUUUGUUGUUGCUGUUGUUCUCUUUGUAAUCCUAGCAGCUGGCGGCGGGGAGGAUUAGGAAUUUAGGGGUACCCUCCACUAUGGAUGGAGUUCAAGGCCAUAUGGGCUAGUUGAGUCCAUUUUUUUUAAAGAAAAGAAAAUAGGAAAAAACCCACAAAUCUAAAAGCCAAUAACCUAUAAUCACUAAAUUGUAAAUUUAUUC